AUGGGUGUCAACUGGAUUGAUGUGAUUUUUCCUCGGCCAGCUCCCACAACGUGUAUGUUAUAUGCAGAAAAAUUAGAGUUGAGCGAAAAGGAUGAAAAUCCGGCGAGGGAUUCGCUACGAGCUCUUAUUGUAUUUGCUCUAUUUGCGCUGACAUUUGGAGCAUUUAUGCUUGCUUCACUAUUUCGGGCUGCAUGGGCCCAACGCCGAGUACUUCCCCUAUUAUCCUUGGUUGGCGGUGGAGUAUUUCUUGCAACUUGUCUACUCGAUUUAUUACCCGAUGCGCUAGAAUCUUUUGAAAAGGCUGAAGUUUCCUUCUCAUUUCCAUUGGCUGAAGCGUGUGUUGGGCUUGGAUUCAUGAUCGUUCUCUCGAUAGAACAGUUGGCGAUAUACUUGCAAGAAAUCGGUGUGAUCGGGAGUGGACACGUGCAAUUACAUGAACAUGAUGGAGAGACAAUAGAAGAGGAAAAUGAGCACAGGCAAGCGUUGAUUAUUCGAGAUAUUUCAAAAAUAUUUCUCGCGUUGGCCAUUCACAAAACGAUCAUCGGUUUCACGUUGGGCGUCAGAUUGUGGCAAAGCGGACUUCGGCCAUUGAUCAUCACCCUUUGUGGGGCAAUUUUGGCCAUGCAGGUGAUAGUCGGUGGUCUUGGCGGGAUCGGUAUUAUGCAUUUUCUAUCGGGUGGAUCAAGAAGUACAGCAUCUCUUGUCACAACAAUUCUCCAAGGGAUCUCAUGCGGCACUUUUCUUUAUAUAACCACUUUUGAGAUUCUCCCGCACGAGCUUGAUAAACCAGGUUUUCGAAUGCAAAAAUUAGCAUCAAUCUUCGUUGGCUGUGUUAUUGUGAUCGCUUUCACUUUAUGUUUCCCGGAUGCA